AGCAGCAGGGAGUUAAGGUGUUACAUGAGCAGCAACUCUAAUAGGAGAUAAAUACCCUAAAAAUGCAUUUGUAUCUUUUUGGAAGCUCCAUGCAUUCAGAAUCUAGAUUUGUCUGCAUUUCUGGAGUUUAUUUCAGACACUGUUAAGACUAGAAUGCGCUUGAGAAAACUACCAAACAGAUAGCACAGACUGGCAAAGCUAAAAAAGACGCCACUUCCUCUUUGGAGACGUGAAGACAAAACAGUAGCACUUUCGCGCGCACAGUUCAGCAUUUGUUAUCAACAGUGUUGGAAGCCACACAAGCUGAAUUCGGAACUCUCUGCACCUGAAAGCUAGAAAGAGCUCAAAUAAAUGACUCUACAGUGUCAUGAUGUCCUCCCAAAAUGCCUCAGCUGUUGGGGUCAACAACUCCAGUUGUUUACAACAAAAUGCAGAUCAAAAGUGGGAAGAGAGCAUGAAUAAACUCUACACCUACGUCUACCUGUUCAUCUUCAUCCCAGGCUUACUAGGGAACAGCCUCGCUCUCUGGAUGCUCUGUCGCUUUAUAAGCAAGAAGACUAAAGCCAUCAUCUUCAUGAUCAACCUAGCCAUCGCUGACCUGGCCCAUGUCCUGUCCCUGCCGUUACGCGUCUACUACUACAUCACUCUCACCUGGCCGUUUGGAAAGGGUCUGUGCUUGCUCUGCUUCUACCUGAAAUAUCUUAACAUGUACGCUAGCAUUGCCUUCCUGGCCUGCAUCAGUAUCCAACGCUGUGCUUUCCUGAUGCGCCCGUUUUGUGCCAGACAGUGGAAGCGGCGCUAUGACGUUCGCAUUAGCAUAGUUGUGUGGUUGAUUGUUGGUUGUUGCUGCUCUCCAUUUAUCUUGAUGAGAACCACCCCUCAAAACAAGACAGCUUCCCUCUUGAAGAACACAACAAAGCACAAUGAAACCUGCUUCAAGGACUUGCCCAUGAGGAAACUGAACAUAACAACAGCAGUGGUCAUAAUGUCCUGUGGUGAGCUCCUUGGAUUUGUGGCCCCACUGACUAUCAUUAUCUUAUGCUCUUAUUUCAUCAUUCAUUCUUUGAAGCAGAGCUUAAGGCCUGGUGUCUCGGUUAACGACAAAAGAAGAGCCUUGCGUAUGGUCUUAGUGUGCACCGGUGUGUUCCUCUUUUGUUUUGCCCCCUACCACAUCAACUUCAUACUGUACAUGAUGGUUUCACAGGACAUCAUUAAGCAGUGUUCUUUGCGGCAGGCAGUUAAACAGUUCCAUCCAAUCUCACUGUGCAUUGCCAGCCUCAACUGCUGCCUGAAUCCACUCAUAUACUAUUUCCUUACCACAGAGUUUCGGCAGCAGCUCAGUCGCCAGGGCAGCUCUAUAUUACGAGGACGGCUGAUGAGUAUGGAGAGCACCUCCUCAUACAGAGACGCGCUUUCCUGAUAGCCAUAGAGAGCACUUCCUCCUACAGAAAAGCACUUCUGUGAUGAACAUACAGAGCACUUCCUCUUACAUAAAAGCACUUCCCUGAUGACCAUGACGUGCACAUUUUUAUAAAGAGAAGAAAUUCCUGAUGAGGAGGGGGAGAACAUUGCACUCUACAUAAGUUAAGCUCCCUUAUACAUUUUAAUGAUAUCUUCAGGUAUACAUUAGUAUGCUGAACUGUGACUUCUUGACUUUAUGUCUGCUCCAAUUUUAAUAAGCAGGGUUUGGCCCAUUGUUCCUUCCUCUGUCCGUCUGUUCUUCAGCAUUGUAGCCAAUUAGCUCUGCGCAAAUCAUUUAAAGUUCAGCUCAACAAAUAUCACCUUAAUAUAACCUUACUGUGAUGCUGAGCUCAGAAAAUAUGGUGAAAAUCCAUAAAAACAACACAACACAAAAUUAACACAUUUUUGCAAUAAACAAUAUACAUCACACAGCAAAAACCUUUCUGGACAAUAUCAGAAGAGAUACUGUGACAAGAUUAAAUUGAUAUUGACUUAGCUGCUGAAAAACAGGCACACAAAUCUGCUUUAAAACAUCAAAAGUCUUGUGCAAGAACUGCAUAAAAACUACUUUGUCAUAUGUGUCACUAUUCAGCAUUGAUAGCUGAAGAUACAGGAAACCACUGGACCAAAGCCAGACGUGGUCAGAGACUUCAUUGUUUUGCACUCCAAAGCCGUUCUACAUUAAAAUGCAUUAAAGAAAAUGUUCAUAUUCUAAUACAUGGCCUUUGUUAGCAACCCUAAUAAAAAUAUGCUCAGAAUAUUGAUCUUUAACAAGCAUGCUGUAAAUAAGGACUUAUUGAUAGAAUACAUUCUUAAGAUAAUACAAAGCUGAAUACAACAGUAUUCUGUGUCAUAAAAUCACUGAAGUAGUAAUAGACUUUUAUACUACAGUCAUUUUGAUGUUGCAUUCUCUGUUUUUCUGGUGUAUUCAAAUAAAAUUUCAAAUAUCUCAAUCAUCUUUAUCCAGAGGUAUGAACUGAAACUGAAAUGGUUGUAAGCACCAGUCUUACAAGAAGCUGUAAAUAAAAUCAGGUAGUGCAUGGUUUGAACAAUGUACAUUUGAUAAAUACAAUAUUUGUCUGGGUUUUUAUUUAGACUCAAAAAUAAAUUUGUAAUGUUGUUCAGA